AUGACGUCUACCUUCAAGCUCUCGCCACACCUGUGGCGGCAACGCAGCAGCUCCAAGCACACCAACUUCCUCACAACACUACUUAAACUGCACUUCCAACUUCUCUCACUGCUCAGAUCUUUCACUACUACCCACUACCUACUUGGAAACUCCCACCACAGAGUCGUGCGAAAAAAAAAGCCCCCCUCAUCACUCACAUCCACCAUGCCCAUCCCAACCCCCGACUUCCAGUCCCAAGAAAACCAAGUCCAGCCCAACAGCGCCGGCGCCUUUUGCUCCACCGGCCAGGCCGAUCUCAAUUCCUUUGCUGCCCUGGACGGCAGUGCCCCGCAUAUUGAGAGUGGCGCCCGUGAUAACAAUGCGUCGCAGGAUGAUCGGGGUAAUCAGCCGUUGAGUAAGGAGGAGGCGGAUCGGUUGUAUGAGGAACGGAUGGAGGAUGAGUAUGCGAAGAGGGAGGGUGGUGCUUAA